AUGCCUAGUGUUCUUCUCACGGGGGCCAAUGGCUUUUUAGCCACACAUAUCCUCAAAUGUCUUGUGGAAGACGCAUUCGACGUGGUUGGCACAGUUCGCUCUGAGGCCAAAGCUGACGACGUGUUUGAUGCUCAUCCUGAGUUCAAAUCGAGACUCCGCCUAGCUGUCGUAUCAGAUAUGUCAACUCCUGGCGCCUAUGAUAAAGUCUUUGAGCGAGGGCAUUUUGACUACAUCAUCCACACGGCAGCACCGGUGCCUGAUGGUGAUGGGACAGAUUUUGACCGGGAUUUCUUGGGGCCUGGUGCUCAGGGCAACCUCGAAUUGCUGCACGCAGCUCAAAAGUAUUGUAAAUCUCUCAAGCAUUUUACCUAUACUGGUAGCAUGGUGGCUGUGCACGAUGUAACAAAGCCAUUGGAUGGGCGUGUACUGAAAAGUACAGAUUGGAACCCGGUGAGUCCUGAGGUCGCUCGCCAAUUGCAGCACCCAGGCGCCAGUUACAUGAUCUCCAAAACUUUAGCGGAAAAGGCCCUUUGGGACUUUGUCAAGAAAGAGAAACCAGCGUUUGGCGUGUCGGUACUUUCGGUACCGUUGAUCAUCGGGCCACCACUGCAGCACCUACAUCAGAAUGCAGCUGGCAAGAGUCGCUUCAACAUGAGCGCGGACCUCUUUUACCAGACAUUCCUGAAACCUGUCUCGGGCACAGUCGACGGGUCUUCGCGGCCACUGUAUAUCGGAUAUAUCGACGUUCGUGACGCCGCCGCGCUACAUGUUCAAUCAAUCAUCAAGGGUGGAAGCGAGAAUAGACGUUUGUUGGUGGCAAGCCCAGAACCAUUCCUUGCGAAGACAGUAUUGGGGAUCUUGGCCGACAAGUUUCCACAACUGGUCAAUCGACUUCCAUCGGUGCGAGCCGCAGCAAUCGUGGCGAAUGGCGAGCAGGACGAGCAUCACCCACUCAAGGUGGACGACUCCGAAGCCAAACAAUUGUUCGGAGGGAGGAUUUAUAGACCGCUCGAGCAGACUGUUGUUGAUACAGCGAAGAGGCUGUUGGAGCUUGAAUGA